AUGAGUCUGCUUGACGCCUACAGAUCGGAAAAGCUGACGCGUCGUCGGAUAGGAAUGCAAAACACUGAUUUCCGUCCAAUUUCUCAUUUGCGCGGAGAAGACGAUUGGGUAUGUAGCAUAGUAUCGUCCCAGAACCUGAUGAUCAAUCUUCUCUUUUUCAGCAAAAGCAAAUCAACGACAAUUUCUCGCCCAACCAGUUCAUGGAUGAGAAUGGAAUCGUGUAUGACAUGGAUCCGACCAUCAACGACCGAAUUUCCACGUUCUUCAACAGUCAACGGAUCACAAGCAGCAGAUUCGGCAGGAAGAAGCGAAGUCUCAUCUUCCCAAGACUCUCCUUCUAA